UUAUCAAACGUACACUGUACAGAUAAGACGAUGGGUGGACAUUGAAGAUCAAAAGAAGACCACACGUGGAAAGGGUAAAAUUGAAAAUAGGAAAUUUUGCAUGGGGAAAGCCCAAUCUACAGUGCUUCUUGACGACGCUGCUUGGCGUGGAGGGGGGGGACAACAACUGCUUACCAAUUGUUCAACUAUUUCUGCUCUUUAAUUAAGGUCAAGAAGAACUUAAAGAAAUGGCUAAGACUUAAAACAAAGUCUUGAGUUGGUUUCAGUUGCAAACAGAUUAUAGUCUAAGCUAGCUGCAGAGUAGGAGAGCACUUGAUCGAAAACAGAUAUAUAUAUAUAUAUAUAUAUAGAGAGAGAGAGAGAGAGAGAGAGAGAGAGAGAGAGAGAGAGAGAGAUGGGGGAUAAUUAUAAUUAUGGGUCUAGAAAAGGGCACGCAUGGAGGUUUUCAUCAUCAUCAAUAAAGCUUUUGUUGUUUAUGACGCCAUUGAUUUUGGUUUCUGGGUUUGUUGCUAUUUUGGGACCAAAAUUCUCCAGUUGGAAGUUUUUAUCUGGCCAUCCUUUGUUGAUGGGAUUUAGUGCAGCUGAUUCUUUGGACAGUUCUGCGCCAGCUUCUUCACAUGCAAAAGAGAAUAAUGGAAGUGGAGUACUGGAUUUGCUUCCUAAAGAAGCGAUGGUGGGGAUGGAAGUGAGAGUUCACUAUGCAGAAGAGAAGAAGGCUCUUGCUGAUGAAUACUCUGCCCUUAACAGUUCUUCUUCUCCCUCUACUCCUCCACCUGUUCUAGAUUUUCAGGCUGUAGACGUUCAAGAACAUAAUGCAAGUGAAGAAGAAAAAGACUUGGAAAUUUCAAGGAACGAAACUACCAUUGCUUCCAUGGAUCUUUCGAUCAAAACCAGACAUGAAAAAGAGCAUUCCAGUUUAGAAAGGCUCGAAGCUGCUCUCCAAAUUGCUCGUGCUGCAAUUAAAGAUGCUAAAUUUGGAAAUCAAUCGCGAGACCCUGAAUAUGUUCCAAUGGGCCCUAUGUAUUGGAACUCCAAAGUCUUCCACAGGAGUUACUUAGAAAUGGAGAAACAGUUUAAAGUCUUCGUCUACGAAGAAGGAGAACCACCGGUUUUUCACAAUGGUCCUUGCAAGAGCAUAUACUCCAUGGAAGGAAAUUUUAUUCACAGGAUGGAGAUGGAUGACCAGUUUAGGACCAAAGAUCCCAACAAGGCACACGUCUAUUUCCUUCCCUUUAGUGUAGCCAUGAUGGUUCAGUUCGUCUAUGUUCACAAUUCGCAUGAUUUUGGUCCCAUUAGAAGGACUGUAAGAGACUAUGUCAGUCUCAUUGCUGGAAAAUACCCCUUCUGGAAUCGAAGCGUUGGAGCUGACCAUUUCAUGCUUGCUUGCCAUGAUUGGGGGCCGGAAACUUCAUUUGCCAUUCCUUACCUUGAAAAAAACUCGAUCCGUGCGCUAUGCAACGCGAACACAUCAGAAAGAUUCAAUCCCAUGAAGGAUGUAUCCUUUCCAGAAAUCAAUCUCCAAACAGGUACUACAAGAGGCUUGAUAGGUGGACCAUCUCCAUCAAGACGAUCAAUCUUAGCCUUCUUUGCUGGAGGGGUUCAUGGCCCUAUAAGGCCAAUCCUACUUGAGCAUUGGGAAGACAAAGAUGAUGAUAUCAGGGUGCAUAAGUACCUCCCGAAAGGUGUAUCUUACUACGAAAUGAUGAGAAAAAGCAAGUUCUGCCUUUGCCCAAGUGGUUAUGAAGUUGCAAGCCCGAGAGUUGUCGAGGCAUUUUACGCAGGAUGUGUGCCAGUGCUGAUUUCCGACCACUAUGUACCGCCUUUUAGCGAUGUUUUGAAUUGGAAGUCAUUCUCCGUCGAGAUUCCGGUGAGCGAUAUCCCUAAUUUGAAGAGAAUAUUGAUGAGUAUAUCUACCAGGCAGUACAUUAGAAUGCAGAGAAGAGGACAACAAAUAAGGAGGCAUUUUGAGGUUAAUUCUCCACCUAAGCGGUAUGAUGUUUUUCAUAUGAUUCUUCAUUCAAUUUGGCUCAGAAGGCUGAAUGUUAGAAUCUCUGAUAAUCAACAAGCUAUCACCAGUUGAUUGAAGAGCUAGACCUUGAUGGGUGAUCAAAAUUAGAGAAUUCCUUCUAAAGGAACUACUGCUGUUGUUAUUGUAACUUGUACUUUUAGGCAUCCGGAUUCUUAUUUUAAAUAUUUGCAUUAAUAUUUGUUCAUAA